AAAACACCUGAAGUUGAUGCCAAAAACGUUCGAACAAUUUUAGAUCGAUUUUCCUGGAUCCAACGUUGCACAUCUUGCAUCUACUAUGAAAUUGUGAGCAAAUUGCUGUGAAGGAAAGUGUUUCAUAGUUUCGACUUCGUGAUUCGAGUUUACUACCUCAAUGACGUUCCAAACUAUAUUUGAUGUGAUAUAGUGUUUGCAAUGAAGAAUCAGAUAAAUUUAUUACAUUUUCAUUGGUGCCUCAAAAACUUACUCGUAGCGAAAACAAAAAAAUAAAAAGACUCUCAAAGACAUGACAGUUUCGAUUUAUAGAACAUUGAAAUCGAAGACAUAUUUAUAAUCCUGUGCACUAGCACCUCAUACGUAUAUCGAAUGCAGAACCCACUAGACUGACUAGACUAGAGCAACGUAAUACAAUGACGAUUGCAUCGCAUACGACAAAGCAUAGAGACAAAGUAAGUCCACGGAAGAGCCCUCUCUCCAUCCUGCUGAAGAUGUGGAGGAGAAGGUGUGCCAGGGUCCAGAAGAAUGCAGCGUCCAUAACCUUGUGCUUGCUCGCUCUCCUAGCUCUGUCGGCCGUGUCUGCUCCAGAUCUGGGAGAGCUGUGUGAAAGAUCAUGUGAAGAAGAUCUAAUGAAGAAACCCUUGAGCCCCGACGACGCGAUGUUCAUCCAGUACAUCAAAGACCAAGUCUUGGACCCGCCCCAGAGUGAGCCUGUGGAGCCCCUGACCCUGGACAUGGUGGAGACGCCCGAGUGGAAGGACAUCGGGCCUUGGUACUCAGUCAUGACCACCAUCAGAGACAUUGUCAAUGGAAUAGAUAAUGGGACGUACGUGGAAGUUGGCUCAGGCGACGGAGAGCUGUUCUCCUUCUCGAGCCAGCUGGAGGUGGUGCUGGGCUGGCAGGGGCUGCUAAUCGAGCCUCGGCCGACUGUGUACCAGCAGGCGCGCCGCACGCGCAAGGCUGCCGGCGCCAACGUGUGCGUUGCGGUCGAGAACUUGCAUGGAAAGAAAUUUUUCUGGGAGCCUCGAAAUUCUGACUUGUCAGAGAUUCUGCAAAAGAUCAACUACGCCUCGGCCACACUCCUCGAUCACGUCACGAGCGAGGAUCGAGGCGAUGGAGAACUCUACUCAGUGCAAUGCCUGACAUUAAACUCCCUCAUCCACGCAUAUACUAGCAAGAUACUCAAGCAGAGGUGGCCGCAACUCAGUCUACUCGUCAUUGACGCCCAUGGGGCAGCUGACAUGCUCAGUUCUCUAAACGGUGUUCAGAUAACGAUGCUGGUGGUGAGAGGUAGCAAGGAAUAUAUGGACAUCAACUUGAUCGACGAAACAAAGAGAUUGAAAUUGACCUACCAUCCCAAAGCUCAUUUUACCAAUCACCUUCUCUUCAUUGACCGGUAUAUUAAAAUAGUUUAUAAGGAAGCCAUAAAUCCCGAAAUAAAAACGGUAUGAUA